GCUGAAAAGGGUGAGAGAACGAGGUCUGAAACAUAUAGCACUAGCAAGCAUAAUUGUUGGAGCUCCAAACCAGACGGGACUACUCCCUAGCUCCGUCCACGUGCCGUCGUACGCUCUGAAAUCUUCCGUCGUCUCUGGCAUCUCCGCUGCCAGCCUUCUGAUCUGUCAUACCAAAUGGCCCUCUGACUUUAGUUUUUCCCCUUGUUUAUCAUCUCCAGUCAUACCAAAUGGCCAACAGGGUUCAAAUUCCUACCAACAAUUCAGCACUCAUUGCUAUGAUUGCAGAUGAGGAUACUGUAGUUGGAUUUCUGUUGGCUGGAGUGGGAAAUGUUGACAUACGUAGGAAGACAAAUUACCUCAUUGUGGAUUCAAAAACAACCGUCAAACAAAUUGAGGAUGCAUUCAAAGAAUUUACAACAAGGGAGGAUGUUGCAAUUGUGCUGAUUAGCCAAUAUGUUGCAAAUAUGAUAAGGUUUUUGGUUGAUAGUUAUAACAAGCCUGUUCCUGCAAUACUUGAAAUCCCUUCUAAAGAUCAUCCUUAUGAUCCGGCACAUGAUUCGGUUCUGUCACGAGUGAAGUAUCUCUUCAAUACCGAAUCAGUUGCAUCUGGGAGACGCUGAAUUCACCUUUUGCAGUUGCAGCUUUUUGGGGGUGUUUGUUGUUUUUCUUUGUACAAUAUGGAUAAUAAUCUUUUCUUGAAAUUCAGAGUUCUAUGUAGCUGUAGCUUAAAUAAUUUGUGCUGUCUGGGGAUAAUUUAAAAUUCCUGUCACAGAACUUCAAGACGGGCCAAUAUUUUCUGGUGUCAUGUCAGAUUCAGAUGAAAGUUCAACUUAAAAUAUGCGUUUAUAUAAUCUCUCUUUGACUAA